AGGAGAGUUUCAGGUCUUCAGGUGCAGUUGAUCACACUGAAGGCGGACGUCAGCUCUGCGGCUCUCGACGAUGUAACUAAAGUCUAAAAAACUCACACGUAGGUAGUGGUGUAGAUAUAGAAAAAAGAAAUCUUGACUCGGUUUAUUUUUCACCUGAGGACGGAGGAAGAGGAGACCUGCGGCUCAUGGCUGUGAUUGUAGUCGCUGUCAUAUUGUUGUGCAUCGGGUCAUGGGACAAGACUUUCGUCACUGUCGCUGAGACGUGUGUGGAUGAGAGCAGGUUUAAGGAGCAGGUGGUCUAUGUGGGGCUUCCAUAUCGGCUGAAUUGCCCUUUGGAGUCUUUUCAGCCCCAGACCUCCCCACAGUCCCAGCUGACCUGGCAGAAAGACUGUCAGCAACUCCAGAAUCAGGAGGGGAAGGCGUACCUGGAGUUUACCAGCCUCAACUUGGAAGACCAGGGGAAUUACACCUGUGUGCAACAAGGCAACAGCACAGCCUCAAUCACUGUGCGUCUCAUAGUUAAGGAGUCCCAGUGCUCCAAACCACCAGAAUUUAAACCCAGCAGAGGCCUGAGCAGACUGUGGGGGGAUGUGGGAUCCACCGCGAAACUGAACUGCACUGCUCUCCUCCCCUGGGACCAGAAUGAGGAGCGAUGUGACACCACACUGCAGUGGAGUAAAGAUGGCCGACCCCUCACCAACCUUACACUUUACAUGCAGAAUACCUCCUCAUGGUCUCCUGUUGCCGGUCAGCUGAUGGUGAACAGUCUGUUGGUGAUCACCCUCAGGGAGCUGGAGGAUUUUGGGCUCUACAGCUGCACAGUGAGGAACGUUUCAUCUGAGUUCAGCCUACAGAACUCAAACAGACCCAGCCACACAGCUGCUGUUAUUGCAGCCAUCAUCCUCCUUCUCUUCCUGGGUGUAGCUGCCGUCGUGUACUCCAGGUGGCACCUGAACAUCAAACUCUGGUACAAGAACUCCUACGGAGACUACGAGCUCAACGACGGGAAAUUAUAUGAUGCCUACAUCUCCUUCGUGAACAAUGACUAUGACAGGAAGUUUGUCAACUUUAUUCUCAAACCUCACCUGGAGAAUAAAAAUGGCUACAAGGUGCAUCUCAAUGACAAUGACAUCCUACCUGGUGGAGAACCUUCUGCAGAGCUAAUAAUGAGCAUGAGUCGUUCCCGGCGUCUUGUCGUGUUGCUCUCUUAUGCAUACCUUGAGCAGGACUGGUGCUGCACUAACUUCAGACAGGGCCUUCUGCACCUGUUGGAGUUGUGUCAGCGGCCCAUCCUUAUCAUGUUGGAGGGUCAGUCCAAACGCAUGAGGCCUGAGGUCAAGCAGCAGCUCAGUGAGCACCAGCACUGCCUCACUGUACUCACCUGGAGACACAACUCUGUGACUCCUUCCUCAGGCUUCUGGAAGGAGCUGGCCUUAGCGAUGCCUCGCAGGAUAGUCUUCCGCAGUGAUCACGCGGGUGACCCACAGACUGUGCUGCAAGACGACAAAGACCCAAUGCUGACCCUCGAACCCGACUACCUCGACUGCCGCUCGGACGUUGACCCUGCUGGAGAUCUGGGGCUUCGCCUCCCUGUGUACAAGGCUAUGGCCUGUAAAGCUCCCGUCCUCCCUGUUGCUCCUAUCACAGCUGCAGAGCCCAAACCCUCGGACAUCGAUGUGUCGGACUUGGGAUCGCGCAACUACGGGGCCCGCUCAGACUUCUACUGCCUGGUCACUGAGGAGGACAUUUGAGCCACACUGCUGAUCUCUAAAAAUGACUACCCACGUGGAAAUUCCCAUUAGCACUGCUUUAUAUUUAUCUGUGUUAAGGAGCUAAAUAUGUUUGUUUAGUCUUCUUUUACAAUGUGUUGUUAAAAUCAAAAUGUCACCAUUUUCUAUUUCUGUUCACCAAAGACUGAUUUUUGAUGUUUUUUUUACUUGUAAGAAAUUAUUGGAUUUUUUUUUUUGUUGAAAUAACUUAAUGUACAGUAGAUAGAGAUUUUGUUCUCACAGCCAUGAUGUCUCUGUGUGUCCCCCAGCAGAGGGCAGAGUAAUGUCAGAUAACAUGAAGGAAUCCUGUUUUCUAAGCGGUUUGCCUUCCAAAAAACCACUGACCGUACACAGAUGGUUUGGAAAGACAGAGAAAACACAUGACAAAGUCCUAAAGUCAGACUUGAACCUUGAAAAAUUGUUUGCACUCCAGUCAUCUGAAAGAGCGGGAAGAACUCAGUUACUGGCGUUUCUGCUUUGUGCAUGAUGUAAACUGAACCUGACAACAACAUGGCAAUCAUGCUAAUAAAGCACCCUGACAAAAUACCAGA